ACCCUCGGUCACGUGACACAGCCACCGGCAGCGGCAGAGAGAGCGCAGAAGGGACGCAGAGGCUCGGCACAGCAGCAAAACCUCCGCCUCCUCUCUUUUUAACUCAAAUCUUUUACUCCCACUCGCAGGCUGCGCUGCAGGAAUAGGAUGACCGGAAGACCCAGACGAGCAACGUGAACCAACAAGAAUGACCCACGUUCCCUCAACUCCCGCGUCUUCAAAUCGGCAACCUCAACACAGCCGUGGUAACCAAAGCCGACAUCGAGGCCAUCUUUGCCAAAUAUGGCAAGAUCGUGGGUUGCUCUGUCCACAAGGGCUAUGCAUUUGUCCAAUACGUCAGCGAGAAGGAAUGCCCGGGGAGCCGUCGCUGGAGAAAAUGCCAGGGUGAUUGCCGGACAGAGGUCGCUAGAUAUCAACAUGGCAGGAGAGCCGAAACCUUAUAGACCUAAAAUGGGCUCCAAGAGGCCGCUCUCAACCAUCUACAGUGGCUAUGAAUUUGAUUAUGACUACUACAGAGACGAUUUCUACAGCCGACUCUUUGAGUACCACGGUCGUGUUGUGCCCCCGACCCGAGCUGUGAUCCCAAUCAAACGUUCGCGGCUUGUAGUUCCAUCCACUCGCAGAGCCAAGUCCUCUUUUCCAGUCAGGGCUUGUUCUUCCUCUUCUUCCUCCUCUUCUUCCUCUUCCCGAGUGUUCAAUGUUGGCUCUUCCAUCACGGGCCCUAAACUGAAGACAGACCAGCUCCUAACAAUCAAGAAGGAGCUAUCACAGAUCAAGAAUAAGGUCGAUUCGCUGCUCGGAAGGCUGGAGAAAAUUGAGAGGCAACAUCGUUCUGAUGCUGAAAUGCAGAGGAAACAAGAGGAAGUGUGUGAGUGUCUCCAUGGUGACAUGGCAGACCACUCUGGAAGAGAGGAAGCGGAGCGGACGGUCGAGGUGGAGGCGGGGGAGAUGACGGACGGCGGAGAAGACGACUUUGAAUAUGAAGGUACCAGCGACAUGGUGAGCAGGCCAAAUAGAGAACCAUAUAUCGGACAUUGACAACUGAAUAAGUUUAGAAAAAGAAACUUACACAACACUGGGAGAGCAGAUACCAGCUAAACCUUUUCAGUGAAGAAGGUGGAUUUGGAACUCAAGAAAAGCAAAGUGGGAAAUGACUGACAGCGGAUGGAAGAGUUCCCCCAAAUAUGUUUGUGCUUGUUUGCCUCAUUAAAAUGUGACACUACUGAUGUGUGCUUCAUCAAACUGCUGGUUAUGAAUAUUCUCCAGACUACUGCAGCAUCAGCUGCAAAGAACAAUCAGUUGUUCUCCAAACUGAUUGCCUUUCUGAAAAAUAAGGACAAUAUAUUGUGUGCUUGUUAAAUUAUGGUCUGUAUUGUGCAUAAAUGAUGCGAGCAAUCAGAUAAACCAUGAAAUGCCCUCUUUUGUUGUACUGCAAAUGUGUAUUUAUUCUGUUUGUGUGCAUUGAAAAGUGAUGAGCUCGGAUACUGGUCGCCAAACGUGACUGUAAGAGGAACACAUUUCUUUGACACUUGAUAAUUAUGUGAUUUGCUUUGUUUGUAUGUUCUGCUGGAAUGUGCGGCAGAUAAUUUAUUCACAGGCAAUCUUCACGAUGUCUCCACACUGUAUCGUAUGUAUUUUAUUUGUUAUACAUGACAAAAACAUUCUAAAUCCUGUUUGAUUUCUGGUUAUGGUAAUAACAAAAUGUCUAUUUUUUAUGAACAGCAUGUUUGAAACGUGGCUAUGAUGUAUCAUUUGUAUUCAUUGCAUUUGUUGUACAGCUCUGGAUGAAAACAUUUUUUUGAAAUACAACUGCUGCUCCAAAAAU